AUGGAUUUAAAAAGAAAAUUUGGUACAUCAAUUGGUAUUACACCAUUUGGUAGUUUAGGAAGUAGUUUAGCAUCAGCAUCAGCAUCGAUCACUAAAUUAAUUGUUAAAAAUAUACCAAAAUCGGUCAAUAAAAAUGAUAUUAUUGAGAAUUUAAAAAAAAUCAUUCAAAACCAAAGUAUAAAUAUAACCAUUCCAGCUGGUAUCCCAGCAGAUGUUGCCCAUAAAAUUGAAGCUGGUACAAAUAUUGCAUUUUUAUCAUGUCCAAACUUAUCUCAAUUAUCAAUGGCUAGAAACAUUUUAAAUGGUAAAUCUUUAGGUGAUAAAAAGCUUCAAGUAGAUUUUUAUGAAGUUAAAAAAGUAAUUCCAACCCCAGCCCCAGCUCCAAUCGAAACUUCAGAAGAACCAAAAAAGAAACAAAAAACUGAAAAAAAACCAAAAGAACAAAAUAAAAAAGCAGAUGAAACUAAAAAACCUGAAGAGACAAAGAAGGAAACAUCAGUCGAAAAUAAAAAAAAAGAAACUAAAUCACAAUCACAAUCACAACCACAACCACAACCAAAAGAACAAUCAACAAUAGAAAAUAAUGAUAAUAAUGAAAAUAAUAAUAAAGAAGAAGAAAAACAAAAAGAAAAAGAAGAGGAAACAAAAGUAUCAACAGUUAGAAAUAAUAAAGCAGUUAUUAAUAAAAUUACACAACAAUUAUCAUCAUGUGCAGAAAGUAAAAAUUAUGUUCAAUUGGUUAAAUCAUAUAACUAUUUAAAAAAAAUAGGCGCUAAACCAGAUCAUAUUACUUAUGGUGUAAUGUUAAAUGCAUGUGUUAGAUGUCAAGAGUACAAGAAAGCCAAAGAAGUUUUUGAUGAUGCAAUUAAAGAUAAUGUUGCCAAUGAUGUAAUUUACACCACCUAUAUUAAAGCAUUGUGCGAAGUCGAUAUGACAUCAGCAUAUGAAAUGAUUCAGAGUAUGAUUUCAACCAAACCAAAUAUCCGUACAUUCAACUCUAUAUUCCGUGGUUGUGUAAGAAGUGGUGAUAUCGAAAUUACAAAGGGUUUAAUCUCAUUGAUGAAAUCGAAUGAAAUCUAUCCAGAUAGCACAACAAUCGAAUAUUUAAUUAAAAUCUAUUCAGAUCAUUUAAUGAUUCAAGAUAUUUGGGAUCUUUUAGCCAAAGUUUACGAAAGAAUGGAGGGUCAAAUCUCACCCAUUUGUUUCUCACGUCUUUCAUUAGCAUCUUUAUUAGCAGGUGAUAUCAAAUCAUCCGUUAAAGCAUUAGGUAUCACUGACGAUAUUUUAGCUAAAGCUCCACAAACCCUCACCACCUCCCACAAAAACAAAGGUAAAUUAUCAGAAAGAAAUAAAAUUUCUUCAUCUCUUUUCGAAAGAAUUGGUAAACAAGAAAUCAACGAAGAAUGUGAACGUGUUAGAAGUUAUUUAAAUAAAAUUACAAUGAACAAUGCAAAGAUCAAAGUCAAAUUCUACAAUAUGGAAAGCUUUAAUAAAAUCUAUUUCUCAAAAAAUUCCUUCAAAACCAAUGUCAAUAGAAUAAGCGACGAAAGCUCCGGUAAGGAAUUAGAUGCUUUCAAUGAAUUAUUUAACCAAUACAAAAAAGGUGGAGUUUACUACAAAGGCACCGACGAUGUAGAUUUAAAUACCAAUAGAUAUUUGAAAAUGGAAAUUUGUUCAGGUCAUGGUCAUUGGGUCACUGAAAGAGCAGGUCAAGAUUUAGAUGCUGAUUGGAUAUCAUUGGAAAUUCGUUAUGAUCGUAUCUUUCAAAUUUGGAGUAAAGCAAUUUUAGAAUCAAUCGAUAAUCUUUAUAUUGUAGGUGGUGAUGCUCACAAGUCAUUAAAAGAAGUUAUACCAGAUGGUGUUUUAGAUGAAGUUUAUAUCAAUUAUCCAAAUCCUCCAGUAUGGAAAGGCGCUGACCGUUUAAUUAACGAACUUUUCCUCGUUGAAAUUAAUCGUUGUUUAAAGAAAUCAGGUACUCUAACCAUUGUAACUGAUGACAAACCUUACAGUGAACAAAUUAUCGAAAUUUUAUCAAAAUCUAAAAAAUUAUUAAAAGUUUAUAAACCUGCAUCACCAGAUAACACUUACUUAACCCCAUUAGCUGAAGAUUAUGGUUAUUCAUACUUUAAUAAAUUAUGGAAUAAUGGUCAAAGAGUUAAAAGAUAUUGUAUUGUUAUAACUAAAAAUUAA